UCUUAUGUUGGAAAGCACCAUCCGGUCAAGUUAAUUCACAAUUACCGCUGGCUAAGUCUUUUUCACUAAGAAUUUUACCACAGAGAACACAAGUAAUUUUAAGGGCGAAACCAAUUAAACUGCCUAAGGUCGCAUAUUUUCACUGGAUACCAGGCUCUUUGUCUUUUCAGAAAAAAGCCAAAGCCAGCAGUAAGAAUACCGCUAACGAAAUAGCAAUAAUGGCUUGUUGA